AAUAGUUUUAUGUUAUUAAUUAGGAGCUUAUCAAAUCGUCUCGUUAUCCACAAUGUCUGACUCCAUAAUGGCGAGCAAUUCUUCACAUGUUAGUUUAAUUAAUAAACAAGAAAAUCACGCAGAGAAUUCAAAGCGCAAGAAGCGUGUCAUCGACAAAAUUGAAGAACCAUCAUUAAUAUCAUUAAAUACGUCAAUAACAGAGAAUAAGGAGGCAUCUACUACAAAUGCAAUCUUCGAAGUGAUGCUAAAAUCACGAUGGAUUUUGCAACCCAACGAGAGUCGGAGAUUCAAGAUCCGAUAUCAACCCGAAGAAAUUGGAACUCAUCGACAAACGUACACAUUAUCUAUCAUCGAUGGCAAUGAUAUCAGUUAUGAUAUUAAUGUUCAUGGCAUCGCCGAUGUUCCGCGACUGGAUAUGAAUCCUAACACUAUUUUUUCAAAGGUUCAAGAAACAAAAGUAAAUAAUAUAAUUGAUCCUACAUAUUUUUCUGAUACUGGUACCUACGACUUUGGAUCCUUACUAGUGUUUCGAAAAGAUAAAAGCGCCCAUCGUCGCGAAGGAGAAUUAAAGUUCUGUAAUAUAUCUAAAGUCGAUGCAAAAGUGUCUUUCUUUCUGCAGGAAAAUAAUCCAGAUAUUUUUAUUAUAGAACCAGAGAAACUUUAUAUUCAGGCUGGACAAUGUGGAUUGCUAAAAAUAUCUGCAGGUGUUACGAAACUGGAUUCAUUUACUGAUAAGUUGCAUAUAUGUAUUGCAAAUAAUCCGCAUAUUGAUAUAAUCGAGCUUCGAUGUAAUGGCUCGAAAUUGGACAUUGAACUUGACGGCAAACAAUUGUCUUUUGGUCAAGUGCUUUUGUAUAGAAGAAAUUUUCUUGCAUGUUUUAUUCGGAAUAGAUCUCCAGUUGAAAUUUUCUGGCAUUUGGAUCCUGAUGGACCUCUAGAUCCUCAAAUAUCAUUUACACCGAUCAAAGGAGUUGUUAAACCCCAGAGUGAUGAAAAGAUCGAAUUUUAUUAUCACGCAAGCAAAAUUGGAGCGAUCGAGGGAAGCUUAACUUUUAACGCUUUUUUUCACGAAAAUGAUGUGGAAUCUAUUUUUGUGGAAACUCUCACUUUAUCUGGCGAAACGUACGAUGUUGCUAUCGACAUUAAUCAUGCAAAUCCAAUUGACUUAAAGUGCGUAAAAGUUGGUUUCUCUACAAGCGCGAUUUUCACAAUAACUAAUCGGGGACAUUACGAAGUUAAAUAUGUCAUUCUCUUGGAAGAGCAACACAAAUUGGCUAAGAUCGCAUCGAAUUUGCCUUUAAAAUUAAAGGAAGACAUUGAAAUUAGUCCUAUUACCGGUUCCAUUCAACCAAAAAAGGAGGUUACAGUACAGAUAACUUUCCUACCGAAAAAUGAAAUUACUUUAAAAGAAUGCCCAAUACUUCGAUGUCAUCUUCUCGAUAUGAAUAAAGAGACUGCUGUGAUUGCGGAAUUUCCUUUGAAAGUUUCCUUAGUUGCAUAUUAUACUAGAUUUCGCAUUUAUCCUUAUCCCGAGAUAAAUUUUGCUUCACUCGGCAUUUGUACCAAAAAAACGAUGUACCUUAAUGUGGAAAAUACUGGAGAAUUUUUACUUUGUUAUUUUAUUGAAAUAGCAACUAUCAAACAUCCAUCCAAUCUUUACAUGACAGAAAUCAAGCUGGAAAAUGCGAUCAAAACUGAUCUUGACAAAACAUCGGAUAUUGUCUGUUCUAAAAAUAAAAGUAACAGAAACAUUUGUUUUGAUAUGCUAAUAUUUAAUUAUUCUUACAGGAAAACGACGGAAUCUACGGCUACGUUAAAAAUUGGUCCUUUUACAAUAACGAAAACCGAAGGGAACAUUCAACCAGGAGAAAUCGAUACUAUAAUAAUCGAAUGCUAUCCAGAAUGUGUGGGUUUACUUGAAGAAAAAAUAAUGAUUCUCGUGCCCGAUAGCACUCCCGAAGACAGAAAUAGCAAAUUAAUAAAAUUAUCCGUUAAUUCCUGCAUACCUAGCGUCGAUUUGCAGAAUCUCGACGCUAUGUUCCACGAAAAUCACAUUGUGGAUUGCAUUGAAGAUUUUAUUUGUCCGAAAGAGAUUGGUGCACACACCAUAUUCGUACGUCAAGAGAAAUGCCUGUAUUUUCGUCACGUUAGCGUAUCACACUCUCACACGGCAUAUCUCGUGCUUUACAACCGAGACGUGAUACCUGCUGAUGUAGAACUGAUCUUACUCGCAGAAUCAUUUAUACCAGAAACUGCAAAAUCCGACAUCUUUGUGCUGACACCCGAGAGAGAACGCAUUCCGCCGAUGAGUCAUAAAAGAUUCGCAAUUUCGUUUAAUCCGACAUUUAUGCAGACAUGUUAUGCAGUCUUCGAGAUUGCAGUCGAGCUUCCCCCGCAUUUAAGGGAUGAAAAGUUUUUCUUAAAAUUAGUAGGACAAGCUUGCGUGCCACAAGUGACAAUUAUAGAACCACCCAGCGGAAAGCGAGAACGAAUUGUUCUAAACUUUGGUCGUACGCUUGUGAAUGAUUCUAAUGAAAAGAAAUUCACUUUUGAGAAUGUCGGUGUGAUUCCAGCUAAAGUUAUUGUUGAGAUUUAUGAGAAUUCAAAUUUUCUUUUUACUCUCAGUACUUGUGACAGUACAAGAAACUACUUGUCAAAUAGUUGGAACUAUGGAGCCGAUAGUUAGUUUCUGUCAAACGAUCGAUGCAUUGUAGUUUGUAUAAUGCCCGAAGAAAAGACAUCAUUCAAAGUAAAAUUUAUUCCACGAGAGAUCGGCAAGUAUGAAGGUCAAGUGCGACUAUUCAUCACCGAUAAUCCCUACGAGAAUCUGAUAAUCGAUUUAAAGGGCGAAGCAUACGCAGAAUCAGUUAUAUUAGAAGGGUUAGAGCUCACAAAUAUAAAACUUGAUUCUACCAAUGAAAAGCGCGAGUCUAAUAUUAAAUCGCGAAAAUCAUCAAAGCCAAACAGUACAGUGGAAGCUUUGACGCCGAGAACACUCCCAGUGUCAUUGGCCUAUAAGCUGGAUUAUGGAUAUUGUUUUGUCAAUAAGAUAUACAGGAAGAGCUUCAAAAUUGUCAAUAAAUCAGUGAAUCGGUACUCACGAUUUCAAUGGAACGCACAUCCCAAUGUUGUACUUACCCCAUCCAUUGGUCAUCUCCAACCCAUGACUUGCAAGGAAAUCGUUGCGACAUUUCUUUCUUCGGAACCAGUGAAUUAUAUCGACACGUGUAUCGAUUGCACAAUUUGUGCGAUUGAUCUUGCUGAUCCUUCGAAAGAAUCAUCCUGGGACGAUCGAGAGACAGAAGUGCGAUGGAUAGCGAUGAAUCUUGACGAUAAUGAACAAGAAAUAAACGCAGAAACGUUAGCUAGGAAAGCAGUCGAACCCGUUAACGAGCCAAGCCAUGAAAUGGUACCUGGUACGACGAAAUGCAUUCAAGUAUUACUAAAUGCGAUUGUGGCAUUCUCCAAGUACUCUUGUCCCGUUAAAGAGAUCAAUUUUAAGGACUCGUUAAUGUUUCAGACGCGCGAACAUGUAUUUACUUUUACGAAUACUGGCAUCGUCGAUGUGGAUUACACAUGGCAAAUAAAUAUGGACGAGCAGUAUCCGAGGAGAUUGGUCACAAAUUAUUCGCGAUCUACGCUGAGAUCACGAGGAAAUAUUCGCUCUAGAGCUAACUCAUCAAUAUAUAUGUUUCAUGAACGACGUCAGCGACAUAAUCCAAGUUACACGAUGACAGAAAUUGCCGAAAAUAUAAAAUUAAAUCGUCAGCAGGUCCUAUCGUCUCGAGAGAGUAUUAUCGAGGUGAAACCAACUGCUUGUCCAUCCGACCUCUUCAGCAGCAGCGCCGGGUUGACAGAGCGAAGUAGUGACAGCUGGUUAGAAAGUGACGAUCUGCCAUUUGAAAUUCAUCCCGAAAAAGGAACUUUAUCACCUGGUGAAUCUAUGGAAUGUACUUUGCGAUUCUCUCCCAUGGAUGUGUUUGAUUAUAAAGCUCAUCUUACAUGCAAAAUGCAGAAUCUCGAUCCAGAGCUGUCAGAAUUGAUUAUUCCCAUUGCGGGAAGAAGUUUGUUACCGUAUUGCCAUUUCGACAUACCGGAAAGCGACUAUCUAUCCGGCAAUAGACGUAACGCGAAAUUGCCAGGGCCAAUCGAUUAUCAAUCGAUCAAUGGAUCUCUUCCGCAAGAUACGAGAGUAAUUGAGCUGAAUGUAAUCGGGAUCGGCGACACUCACGUAAAAAAAUUUCGAAUGAUAAAUCCAACAUCGGACGACUAUCACUUCAUCUGGAAAGACCGAACUCGUCGUGUUGAAAGCGAGAUAUCGAAUUUCCACUGCGUGUUUCCGGAAGGAAUCGCUGAGCGAGGGAAGCAAGUCGAUUUCGUUUUUACGUUUCUUGCAGAGAACAUUGGCACUUUCGAAUCCUUCUGGUUAUUCUCCAUCGAGAAAUAUAACUUGGAAUAUCUUUUUCUGUUCGUCGCGAUUGUCAGAGAACCAUCGGUUUGCUGUUCGCUUGUCCAUUUGAAGAUGAAACCAACCGUAUUAGGCGUUAAUAUACGAGAACCGAUAAGCGUAAUCAACAACGAGGAACUUCAGCUUUCCUUUCAGAUCGCACGAGACUCUUUAUAUUCUGAAGGACGUGUUCAGAGCUUGAAGAUAACGCCUAUGAAUGGUAUUUUAAAUCCAAAGGACGAACAAGUUUUUUGGGUCGAAUAUCAGCCUACAUUUGUGGGCGAAUUUCAAUUUUGUAUAAAAUGCUUUAUAAAAAAGUUGAAGACACCGUUGACUAUAUUUGUUACAACAAUGACAUAUGAUAUUAUCGUUUCGGUUACAUAUGUGGAUCAGAAUGGCCAAAUCGUGCAAUUAAAUCAAAAUGAAGAAAAUAUCAUUGACUGCGGAAAAAUAAUGUUAAAAGCGCCCUUUUCUAUCAUGUUUGAAAUAACAAACUCAAGCAAGAUGACACUUUAUUAUUCUUGGGACUUUGGCAUGACACCGGAAAUAAUUAGCAGAAAUAUAUAUACGAUUACGAUGCAACAGAAACAGAAUCACGUGGUUAGCGAAUCGCGAUCCAAUUGUUGUCUCAUCAUUACGGCAUUACAAAAAACAAUAAUAAAAAAUCAUCCCAUUCUCUUGAAGAUUUCUAGAGGACCGACAUAUCGGCUAAUCUUGCGAGCGACUGCGAAUAAACCGGGUUUGGAAUUCAGUUUUAAUCAUUACGACUUUGGACCUUGCUACAUACGAGAUAUCACUGCGGCCGCAUAUCACGUCGACUUACGUAUCACAAAUUUAGAUGAUAUUCCAUAUAUGUAAGUUGUUUUACAAGCUGUUUCGUGUAACAGAAAAAAAAAAUUAAGAUUAAUGGACAAAAAUUCUCGCAGAUUAGAAUGCAAAUUCGAAGAGAAAUCAUACAUCUCCGCGAAUCUUGACGCUCUUUCAGAAACAAUAACUUCUCGAUCAAGUAUCACUAUUCCAAUAAAAUUUCGUCCUCUAGAACAGCUGCAUUAUCGCGACAAUUUACAUUUUAUAAUUAAUUCGACGAUUGAGAAAAAGAUUAUUAUAACUGGCGAAGGAAUUACAUAUAAGAUUCGUUUAGUAAAUCCGCGCGACAAAUUAGUAGAUCUUGGCAAUUUAUCGAUCAACAAAGCGAUCAUCAGGAAAGUGCCGGUGAUCAAUGACGGUCGUGCUGCGCUCGAAUUGAAGUUCGAUCUCAUGAAGAAUCUACCGGGAUAUGGACAAUUUCGCGAACGAAUUCAAGUGUGUCCAAGAAAGAUCCAUGAGGGAAACUCCAAAAUGGAUCAAAUUCGAGCAUCAAUUAGUGAAACAAAACGUUCAGAUACGUUUGACGUAAUUCUUCAGACUAUCGAUCCCAAUUUGUCAGAAGUUCUCGAGAUCGAACCGGCAGAAUCGAUCGUACUUCAAUCGGGAAAGAUCGUGAAUGUUAUCUUGAAAUAUAAAUCUAUGCGAAGAAUGCGACCUUUUGUUACUAAAGUGGCUUUUCGAACUAAUUCCACGAUUCAGCCAUUAUUUAUUCUGCGCGGAAGUUGUAUAGGAGCGGAAUUCCGUCUGAAUAGAACUUGUAUUUCUUUCGGUAUAAUCGUUCAAGGUUGUCUCAGCGAAGCAAAAGUAGUGCUAUUAAAUAUAGGAGAUAUUGGUGCUAGGUUGAAAAUUUUAUAUUGUUUUCAGGCAAUGCUUGAAAUUGAGAAAUAUAGAGUUCUCGGCAUAAAAAUUACCGGAGGUUGUUGCAAACUACCUGACCCAAUUGACACCUUGUUCUUUUCAUGUCACGUUCGUGAGAAACUAAUGAAAUCUAUAAACAUCGAGAAUGACACUGCAACUUCUUGGAAACUAAAGCCAGAGGUUUUCGGUGACUAUUUCUUUAUCAACGAGGUCUUACACAUUCCUUCAAAAAGUUUUGCUACCUGUACAAUUACUUACGCCCCUUUGAUUAUGAACAGCGAGAACAAUCCUCACAAAGGUACAUUGCUUUUGAAGCUGCCAGAUGACAAAGCACCUUUGGUAUAUUCUCUUCAAGGGCUGAGUCUAGCUCCACAAGUUCUUCAAAGGAUUACACGUCAGUUCCCUGCAAAAACAAAGUAUACAGAAUUAUUACCUGUCUACAACUGGAUGAGUAAGCGGCAACGAUUCGAAUGCAAGAUUGAAGAUUUGGAGAACAAAGCUUUCGUCAAUGCUAUUAAAGUAUAUACUUUGGUUGGUAACAGUAAGAUAGAUGUGCCAUCGAAUAGUCAGCGAGACUAUCGCGUAGAGUUUCACUCUUACAAAGAAUCGGAAUGUAAUUUCAAGAUAACGUUCAUUAAUGAAGAAGGCGAAUAUCAAUUUUAUGAGCUUCAAUACAAUGUUACAAAACCUGAAGAAAUCGAGUCGAUCAAAUUGAUUACUACAGUGCGAUCUCCGGUGUGCCACGCUUUAAGACUCAAUAAUCCACUUAAAGAACAAUACAUAAUAUAUACGGCGAAGUGUCAGCAUCCCUGCAUCACGAUCUACGAUAUACCAAAACUUGAAACCAUCGGUAUUGAAUAUCACCCUAUACAUCCUAGCGAGGAGUCUGCGAUAAACUUGGACGUUAAUUGCGAAGAACUCGGACUGUUUCCCUACGAAUUGCGAUUGAGAGCAAUGCCAGCACCUGCGGAAAAAACGACGCGCAUCGUCGCGAUGCUCGGUGCUUCUGCCACAUUUUCUUUGACCGUAAGCAAUCACGCCAAAGAGAGUGCAACGUUUGUAAUCAAGGUGAACAAUGAAUGCUUCACAAUUCCGAGGGACAUCGAAGUACCGGCGUUGAAAAGUGCCUCAUUCGAUGUGGUUUACGAACCUUACGACAUCGAUAAUGUCUCCGCUACUUUGACUGCCACGUCCGAGAUCGCCGGGGAAUUUAUAUUUCCUCUUGUCGGUACAUAUUCAUUACCAAAACCACAAGGACCGUAUAUAGCUACUCCUAACACACCGAUUUUUAUACCAUUUAAAAAUAUAUUUAGGGAAAUUAAAUCUUUUGAACUUAUCUUGGACAAUCCUGAAACUUUUACGACGACGACAUCGUUGGAAAAAAUUAAACAGAAACAGGUAAUCAAUAUCGUCGUUCGUCUGAAAGAUGUAUCAAACGGAAAGAGGGAAUUGGAAAAUGACAGUUAUCCAAUAACUGGAAAACUUCUGGUAUAUUGUACAGACCCUAAGAUUUCUCACAUCAACUGGACUUAUUAUUUAAAAGGUGUAUAUGACUGACACAAAUAAGAAACGUAUCAAUAUUUAAUACAUGAUGAUAUUAUAUUGUAGCUUAUCGCGUACGUCGAAUUAUUUAGAACACAAUAUAAAAUUUUAUGAUUAAUUAAUGAUUGUGUAAUCUAAUUAUAUUAUUGUAAAAAAUUAUUUAUAUUUAAUAUUCUACAUGUUCCGAUAUAAACUGUCAGUAUUGACAGUAUAUAUACUAAAAGGUCAUUCAUGUACGUAUAUAUAUUUCAUUCAUUCAUAUAUAACACAACACAGUCAUCAUAUGCUUUCAUAGUUGACGUUUUGCACUAAGUUGUGUUCCAAAAUUUAUUCCUUGGAGUAAAAUAGCGUUUAAUUGACAAAAAAUUUCUUUGUCCGGAUGCAAUCAAACCGUUAUUCUACUCCAAAGAACAAAUGUUGGAACGUAACUUUGGCGAGGAGCAUCGUAUCUAGAUGUCCGCACAGUAUGAUUGUUGACAGCCACAAUCAGCUGUAGCAGUGGCGUAUCGCGCACGCGUGGUCAGUGUGGUGCUGUGGUGCUUCACCAAAAUCACUAAAAGAGAAAGAAAAAAAGUACUAAGUACGUCCAUAGUCCAUGGUGAUUUGCAAUUUGCAAUUUUUAUGGUAACGACAGGUAACGAAUCUUCGCUUCGUAAAC